AGAAAGAAUGUCAAGAAGUCGAUUGUUAUGGUUCGGCUUUGGAUUCACAACGGCAUACGCCUAUAUGUCCCUAUCCGUUUUGCAUGACGUGAAGGCUCAGCGUUUUGUGCUUAACCGUUGCUGGGAACGCGUUGACGCUCUUGAAAAUAGAAUGUCCCAGAUGGAAUCUUCUUCUCCAAAACCUUCUUCUACUCCCUCCUCCCCUUCAGUUUCUGAUAAGGGUGAAGGUCAGAUUACUUUCGGGUGAAAUGACAUAAUAAAAUAGGUGCCGAGGACACUUUGAGUUUUUUUUUCAGGCUUUUUCCUGGGAAAUUAAUUAAUAGUGUUGAAAUUUUUUUUUGAAGACUUUAGAAUUUAUAACUGUCUUGUUAUUCUUGGUAAAUUUUUGUGAAAUUUGAUAAG